UUUAUGCCACGUGUAAUGACAUGUUUUUCUUCACCAUCAUCUUCUUCUUGUUUCUCGGGUUAUCUCUCUGUGUUCAACUUCUAUAUAAAGAAUUCAAGAAGCCUAGCUCAGAAACAGACCAUCACCACUCAAAUUCCUUCUUGUAUCUACAAAUUCCCUCCCAAAAUGAUGCUAAGCAAAACCAACAAUUUCCUCAAAUCCCAUUGUUUAACAACUCACACCCUACCUCCAAAAUUACACAACCAAUUUCGCUCCGGUGAUGGAAAUGUUUCAUCUUCCAUUCCCAUCCCCCGUCGCUCUAAACCAACGAAUCUCCGGCUACGUCGCGCUUCCACCGGCGUAAAAGCCAGCUUGCUAACCCAAGUUAAGAAAUCAACUUCCGUUAAGGUGGUCAUCACCGUGAUCGAGACCGUAGGCGGCCCCCUCAGCCACCUCGGCAUCAGCCAGGGGCUCGACGGGCUAACCGACUUGCUCGGCCGAACCCUGCAAGUCGAGCUCGUUGCAGCAGAGCUCGAUGAGAAAACUGGAGAAGAGAAGCCCACACUACAAUCUUUUGCACGUAAAAGUGGGGAACAUGAGAAUGAGAUCUACUACGAGUCCAAUUUCGAAAUUCCAGAUGAUUUUGGAGAGAUCGGUGCUGUUAAACUUGAGAAUGAACAUCGUCAAGAAAUGUUUGUAAAGAACGUUGCAUUAGAUGGAUUCCCCUCUGGGCCUAUCAAUAUCCACUGUGAUUCUUGGAUUCAUUCCCAAUUCGAGAGUCCCGAGAAGAGAGUCUUUUUUUCUAACUCGUCAUACUUGCCAUCCGAAACUCCGAGUGGGCUAAGAAGAUUGAGGGAGAAAGAUCUGGUAGCUCAACGAGGAGAUGGCGAAGGAGAGCGCAAGGCCUCUGACAGGAUCUACGAUUACGACGUCUACAACGACCUUGGCGACCCAGACGCUGACAGUGAGUUGGCUCGCCCUGUUCUGGGUGGGCCCGAACAUCCCUAUCCUCGCCGCUGCAGAACUGGCCUCCCAAGAACUAAAGCAGAUCCAUUAUCGGAGUCUAGGACGGACGAAGUGUAUGUUCCACGAGACGAGGCCUUUUCGCAAAUAAAGCAAGCAACAUUCCAAGCAAAGACGGUCUACUCAGUGGUUCAUGCGCUGAUACCAUCGCUCAGGACAUAUGCCACCGACCCUGACCAAGGGUUUCCAUUUUUUUCAGCCAUAGACGGUUUGUUUAACGAAGGGGUCCAUCUCCCUGAUAUUCCGACCACCGGAUUCCUAGGAAAUAUCAUACCUAGGCUUGUCAGAUCAAUCUCUGAUGUUGGCAAUAGCGUCUUGCGCUUUGAGACUCCUGAGUUCGUUGACAGAGACAGGCUUGCGUGGUUUAGGGAUGCAGAAUUCGCUCGACAAACUCUAGCAGGAAUCAAUCCAUGUGCCAUACAGUUGGUCACAGAAUGGCCAUUGAAGAGUAAUCUUGAUCCAGAAGUGUAUGGACCGGAGGAGUCAGAAAUCUGCAAGGAAAUGGUGGAACAAGAAAUUCGAGGAUUUUGUACACUUGAGGAUGCAAUCAAAGACAAGAAGCUUUUCGUCCUAGAUUACCAUGAUUUGCUUUUGCCGUAUGUGGAAAGAGUGAGAGAGCUCAAGGGGACUACCCUUUAUGGGUCGAGGACGUUGUUCUUCUUGAUGCCAUCGGGCACUUUAAGGCCCUUAGCGAUCGAGCUGACCCGACCAAAGAUGGGCGACAAGCCCCAUUGGAAUAGAGUAUUCGUUCCAAGUUGGGAGCCUACAGGCAUCUGGUUGUGGAGACUGGCUAAAUCCCAUGUCCUCGCUCACGACUCUGGUUAUCAUCAGUUGAUCAGUCAUUGGCUAAGAACACAUUGUUGCGUCGAACCAUACAUCAUUGCGACACACAGGCAACUAAGUGCGAUGCACCCGAUUUAUCGAUUGUUGCAUCCCCAUCUACGAUACACGAUGGAGAUCAAUGCAUUGGCUCGUCAGGCACUCAUAAACGCCAAUGGGAUCAUCGAGUCUGCUUUCUCACCUGGAAAGUACUCCAUCGAGCUGAGCUCAGCUGCUUACGACCUUCUAUGGCAAUUUGACUUACAAGCGCUACCGGCAGAUUUGAUUAACCGAGGCCUGGCCGUGGAGGAUCCAAGCGCACCCCACGGCUUGAAGCUGGUGAUCGAGGAUUACCCUUACGCGAACGACGGUUUGCUUAUAUGGGACGCCAUCAAGGAGUGGGUUUCCGACUACGUCCCACACUACUAUACCGACGCCAGCCUCAUACAGUCCGACACCGAGCUACAAGCGUGGUGGACGGAGAUAAAAACGGUAGGGCACGGCGACAAAAAGGACGAGCCGUGGUGGCCGGAGCUCAAAACCCCGGACGACCUUAUCGGGAUCCUGACAACCAUCAUAUGGACGGCUUCUGGCCACCACGCGGCCGUGAACUUCGGGCAGUUCGACUACGGGGCAUACUUCCCGAACCGGCCCACCACCGCCCGUGUGCCGAUGCCGAUCGAAGACCCGAGCCCGGAAGGAAAGAAGAAGUUUCUAGAAAGGCCGGAGGCGUUUCUGCUGGAGUGCUUCCCAUCGCAGCUUCAGGCGACGGUGAUUUUGACGAUUUUGGAUGUGCUUUCGAAUCAUUCUCCCGAUGAAGAGUACAUCGGGGAAAAAAUUGAGCCUUACUGGGAAGAUAAUAAAGUGAUAAAAGCAGCGUUUGAGCGAUUUCAUGGGAAGUUGAUGGAGAUUGAAGGGAUCAUUGAUGCUAGAAAUGCGGAUUUGAGUUUGAAGAAUAGGUCUGGAGCGGGUGUGGUGCCGUAUGAGCUUUUGAAGCCGUAUUCUGGGCCUGGUGUUACUGGGAAGGGUGUGCCAAAUAGCAUCUCCAUUUAGAAGUCAUGUUAAUGUGCAUUUCUUGCCCAUUCAAUAAUGCAAGAUUGUUCAACCAAGUUUAAUCAAGUUCAAUCCAACUCAACCUAAUUAUCCAUUUUCUAAUA